AAAAAAAAAAAACUUGCCAUACGAAUAUUAAAUGAACCCACCACCAGACGCACAUAAAUAUAUACAAACACACGUCGCCCAUAACCAAAGACAACUACAAUUUAUUCGUUCUUGCUUUGCAGCAAUAGCAGGCUCAGUAGCAGGUAUUCUUGGGCUCCAGAAUCUGUCUGGUUUUCUGUUUUACGCGGUGAGCUGGAUCAUCUUGUCGAUUCUGUUAGUGGUGAAAACAGCAGGCAACAAAGGUUAUUUUAUUCAUGGCUAUCGCGAUGUAGUAUUGGACGGUGCUUUAGGUGGUUUGUUGUCCUAUAUUCUAUUUCAUACUUUAUUAUAUGGUCUUGUACAUUUAUAUCAAUAAUUUCUACAAGAGUUUUCCACGUUAAAAUAAAUUCAAACGAUUUUUUUUUUUUUU